AUGCAAGCAAUUAAUGGAUCGGAUUUUCACAGUGUUGACAGUGACGUAUCUGCUAAAAAAAUUAUGUUAAUGGAGCAAAGACGUAGUCGGAAAGCUUCAAAGAAAGAGGUUAAACUUGCUAAGAAAUUAGCAAUCGUUGAAGGAAAGCUCAUAUGUUUUAUUUGCAACAAGAAUCGGAAAAGUUUAAACUGUGCCAGAUCAGUUUGCCGCACAUGUUGUCAAAGUCAAAGUGAAUCAAGUUUGAAUUCAUUAACGAAUACUUUUUGUUCAUUCCAUCACCGUCAAAUAAAUAAUGCUAUAUUAGAUUAG